UCCGCAAUGGCUUCGAUCGGAAACUUCCUGCACCGCACCGUCGUGUUUGGGUGUAUGGGAUUUGGCGUGUAUGGCCUCGUUGUGAUCGGGCAGAACUUCUACGUGAAGCGGCAAAGGCUUCGUGAGUUCGACGAGUCGAGCAAGACCCCCGCCGAGCCCGUCUCCGCGUCAAACUAG